AUGGAAGUAACCAACCCUCUUCAAAGAGUGUCAAUAGGCGUCUUGGCCUUGUUAAUUUCUGUGAUCUUCGUUCACAAGAAGCGGAAGAGCUACAACAAGAUCAGUAUCGAAGAUGGUGCUAACUUUGUGGAGGGCAUUUCGCUGAAAGUGUUCACAUUCGAACAUUUGUCCGAAGCAACAAACGGCUUUAAGGAAGAGCUUGGGAGAGGAGCGUCCGGCACAGUGUUCAAAGGGGUUCUGCAGAAUGGCCAUAAAAUGGUGGCGGUGAAGAGGUUGGAGAAGGAAUUCGCACAAGGAGAGAAAGAGUUCCAGACAGAGUUGAAGACAAUUGGGAAGAUGUAUCACCGGAACCUAGUUCGACUCCUAGGUUACUGCUUCAAUGGAGACAACAAAUUGUUGGUGUUUGAGUACAUGAGCAACGGAUCCCUAGCUGAUAUACUUUUCAAUCAAGAGAAACAGCCUAGUUGGGAGGAACGGAUGGAGAUCGCUCGUGAUAUAUCUAGAGGGAUACUGUAUCUGCACGAAGAGUGUGAGACGCAGAUUAUUCACUGCGAUAUAAAGCCUCAGAACAUACUCAUGGAUGGGAACUGGUGCGCUAAGAUAUCAGACUUUGGGCUAGCGAAGCUUCUAAAACAAGAUCAGACUAAUACGUAUACUGGGAUAAGAGGCACGAAGGGCUAUGUUGCACCAGAGUGGUUCCAAAAGCAGGCGAUCACGGUGAAAGCAGAUGUUUAUAGCUUUGGAGUGAUGCUGUUGGAGAUCAUAUGCUGCAGGAAGUGUGUUGAUUCAAGCAAGAAUGAGGAUGAGGCGAUUCUUGAGGAAUGGGUUUACGACUGUUAUUCAUCGAGGAAGAUUGGGAGUCUGAUCGGGGACGAGAUGGUGGAGGAGAAGAAGGCGGAGAGGAUGGUGAAGAUAGGAAUAUGGUGUGUGCAAUAUGAUCCGUCGUUGCGUCCAAUUACGAAGAAAGUUCUGCUAAUGUUGGAAGGAACUGUCGAGAUUCCGAUACCUCCAAGUCCGAGUUCUUUCUUAAGCUCAAUCUAACUUGAUUUACUAUACGAGUGUGCUCCAAUGUUUGUUUUUUC